UUGCAAAAACAGCUGUUUCUGUCAUCGUUGUUGGUGUUGCUGUAGGGUUCAAAGUGUCAAGCCACAUUGCUAUCGCAGAGCAUGAUUGUACGUGGUGGUAGCAUCAUCAUUAUUCAACGGUACGGCCGAUUACUAAUCAACGCGCUUCGUAUCACAAAAGAAGUGGUGAUCGGACGCACCAAUCCGACGUUCGCGAGACGACUGCUAACUGCUGACAGUAAACAAAAGUUCACAGUUCCGGUGCGCCCACUACUAUUCGUGACGUCCUUUUCGUUGUUUUCGGCCAAGCAAAAGAAGAAAGAAUCUCCCGAGACCAUCAAAAUGGCAGAGGAAGGUGUAAAAUCGCUCAGCGAAACCAUCCAGCACGCAGACCAACUGUUCGACGAGAACAACUUCCAGGAGGCGUACGAUCUGCUGCAAAAGUACCCGACGCAGGAAACGUACGAGAUUAAGUGGCGACUUGCCCGGGUGACCUUUUCGCUUUCGAAGCCUCAACCCAGCCCCCGCAAGGAGGAACUGGUACGCGAAGCUUUCCGUUACGCGGAGGAAGCUCUCAAGCUGAAUGAUGCCGAUUUUGCCUCCCACAAAUGGUACUCCAUACUCCUGGAUGCCAAAAGCAGUCUGGAUGGUAUAAAGGAGCGCGUAACGCAGCUGGAAACGGUCAAAAAGCAUAUGCAGCGUGCGGUCGAGCUGAACCCGAACGAUCCUACCAGCUGGUACAUUUUGGGCCAUUUCUACUACGGGCUAGCCGAUCUACCUUGGUACCAGCGCAAGAUUGUAUCGACCAUAUUUGCGACCCCGCCAACUGGUACGUAUGAGCAAGCGUUAGAAUGUUUCGAAAAGGCUGAAUCAACUCAGCCCAACUUUUACUCCAUGAAUCACUUGAUGCUGGCCAAAACGUACCAGGCUUUGAAGCAGGCGGAAAAGGCGAAACAAUUCAUGACCCUGGCGGCUAACGUGGCUGUGCUGAACGAGGACGACAAGCAGUGCAAGGAAGAGGCAACGAAAUUGCUAAAGAAAAUGUAA